CCAAUAUUCUUGGAUGCCAUCUGCAACAAAAACCCACUGAAGAAGAAGACGCUGGUUCCAUCAUCCACCUCGUUCUUUACCACAUGUGUAAUCAUGUCUAAGGCCAAACAGAAGCGAGCGAAAAAACUUUUCCAUGGAAAACACAAGGUCAAAGAGGGAGAACAGACUGAUGCUCAAAGAGGGACUAGAAGUUCUGAGCUGUCCAUUUUACGCCAUCCCAAAGAGCAUGGAAAACCUGAAGAAAUCAGGAAGAAAAGGGUUCAGGAGCUCCAAGAAAAGCAGAGAUUGUCAAGAGAGCAGGAGCUAAUGAAGCGGAGAAGUCUGGACAGUUUUCAGAAAGACAUUCUUCAGCGACAAAGAACAUUUGAACAGCGGGAAACUGAAAUGCAGAAUUUAGAAAAGCAUGUCAAUUUUGAAAAUGAGAAUUCAAGAAAGGCGUACUACAGGGAAUUCAAAAAGGUGGUGGAGGCCUCUGAUGUCAUUUUGGAGGUUCUGGACGCCCGUGAUCCUAUUGGUUGCCGUUGUCCUCAAGUGGAGCAGGCUGUCAUUCAGAGUGGCACUGACAAGAAAAUAGUCCUAGUGCUUAACAAGAUAGACCUGGUGUCCAAGGAGAUUGUGGAGAAAUGGAUCAAGUAUCUUCGCAAUGAAUUUCCCACUGUGGCUUUUAAAGCCUCAACACAGCAACAGAAUAAAAAUUUGAAGCGAAGCAAUGUCCCAGUGACUCAGGCCACCACUGAUCUUCUGAGUAGCAGUGCCUGUGUCGGUGCCGAGUGCCUGAUGAAGCUUCUGGGAAACUACUGCCGCAACCUAGACAUCAAGACGGCGAUCACUGUUGGUGUGGUUGGCUUUCCCAAUGUUGGAAAGAGCAGUCUGAUAAACAGUUUAAAGCGGGCACGUGCAUGCAAUGUUGGAGCCACACCCGGCAUAACCAAGUGUCUUCAGGAAAUACACUUGGACAAGCACAUCAAGCUUUUAGAUUGUCCUGGCAUUGUCAUGGCAACCUCGUCGACAGAUGCAGCCAUGAUCCUUCGGAAUUGUGUGAAGAUUGAACAGCUCGUAGACCCUUUACCUCCAGUUGAAGCCAUCUUAAGACGCUGCAAUAAGACACAGAUCAUGGAACACUACGGGGUUCCAGACUUCCACACUCCUCUAGAGUUCCUGGCUUUGUUGGCACGGCGGCAGGGCAAGUUGAGGAAAGGAGGAGUGCCUGAUAAUGACAUGGCAGCAAAGAGUGUCCUAAUGGACUGGACUGGGGGUCGGAUCAGUUACUUUACACACCCCCCGGAGACACACACUCUUCCCACACAUGUCAGUGCUGAGAUUGUGGCCGAGAUGGGUAAAGCUUUUGACUGGGAGGAACUGGAGAAGGGAAACCAGGAAGCUCUUGCUGUGUCUGCUUGUCCUGAUGUCCAAAUGGGUUUCUGCAUGGCAACAUCUGGAAUGACCCAGGGAGGUCAAGAAGAAGAAUCUUGUGACCGGGAAAUGGAAAGUGGAGUUCUAAAUGAUGUAGAGUCCAAGGGCGAAAUUGAAUCCAUGGACGAUGGGCAGGACUCUGAGUUUGGACCUAUGACUGUGGAGCUAAAAGGGGUAAAGGUAAAGACAGGUGGUUCAGGUGACACUGCAACCCCGAAAACCCUGGAUUUAAAAGAUAUCUUGAAAGUAGACCCACUUCAUCAGGGCCAAGCACUAAAAGCCGCUGGAAAGAAGAGGAAGAAGCAACAGAAAAGAGCUGACAAAAUUGCUACCAAACUUUCAGACAGCCUGACGACAGCAAUGAACUUUGCAUUUUCAGAUGGAUGAAAAAUAAAAUGUCAUGAAUGAC